CUUUCUGAAGAUAAAUUUCAUGUUGGCAAACUUCAGGGCAGUUAACAAAUGCGGUGAAGUAUCCGUGAGUUCAGAGACUCUGGGGCGCAGAGAUGGCGACGGGGUUGAGCCAGGUUUCUAGAUUCGUGCAAAGAUUAUCUCCUAUUGCCAAGAGAUGCUACUCUGAGCAGGCCUUUCCAAAAAUAACAACCCAUUACACAAUUGUACCCAGAGAGAACGAUCCAAGAUGGAAGGAUGUGAACAUGGAAAGGUAUGUCGACGAGGCAGAUAUUUUAGUUGUGGGUGGUGGGCCAGCUGGAAUGUCAGCUGCAAUAAGACUGAAGCAAUUGGCUGAGCAGAAUGGAAAAGAAUUGAGAGUAUGUCUAGUGGAAAAGGCAUCUGAGAUGGGUGGUCAUAUACUGUCUGGAGCAUGUAUUGAACCCAAUGCCUUGAAUGAGUUGAUCCCAGACUGGAAAGAGAAAGGAGCUCCUUUAAACACCCCUGUCACUGAAGAUAAAUUUGGCAUCUUGACAGAAACCUCCAGGAUAGCUAUUCCUAUCCUCCCAGGGUUGCCUAUGAACAACCAUGGUAACUAUGUUGUUCGUUUGGGGCACCUUGUGCGAUGGCUUGGAGAACAGGCAGAAGCCUUGGGUGUUGAAAUUUACCCUGGAUAUGCUGCGUCAGAAGUUCUGUACCAUGAAGAUGGAAGUGUAAAGGGAGUAGCUACCAAUGAUGUGGGCAUUGCAAAGGAUGGUUCUCCCAAGAACUGUGAACCCCAGUCAUAUGGAAUUGGUCUCAAGGAAAUCUGGGAAAUAGAUCCUAACAAGCACAAACCGGGCACGGUGGAGCACACAGUAGGAUGGCCAUUGGAUUUUAAAACAUAUGGUGGUUCAUUCUUGUACCAUUUGAAUGAGUCGACUCCAUUGAUAGCUAUUGGUUUUGUUGUUGCCUUGGAUUAUACUAAUCCAUAUCUUAGUCCGUUCAGAGAGUUCCAAAGGUUCAAACAUCAUCCUUCCAUCAAGUCCACACUGGAAGGUGGAAAAAGGAUAGCCUACGGUGCUCGCGCGCUGAAUGAAGGAGGCUUCCAAUCCAUUCCAAAACUCACCUUCCCUGGGGGGUGCUUGGUGGGAUGCAGUGCUGGAUUCUUAAAUGUCCCUAAAAUCAAGGGCACUCACAAUGCCAUGAAGAGUGGCAUGUUGGCAGCGGAGAGCGCUUUUGAGGCUGUGACUAAUGAAAAUAAUCAGUCGUCUACUGCAGGAAUUGAGCCCAAAGAUUAUGAAGAGAAAAUAAAGAGUAGUUGGAUAUGGAAAGAGCUGAAAGCAGUGAGAAAUGUUCGUCCUUCCUUCCACAAUCCUUUUGGAAUGUAUGGUGGAAUGGCCUAUUCUGGUUUUACCCUCAUGAUUCGUGGUGCUGAGCCAUGGACUCUUAGUCAUGGAGACCCUGACUAUAAAAGACUAAAGCCUGCUGCAGAAAGCACACCUAUAGAAUAUCCAAAGCCAGACAAUGUAAUAAGUUUUGAUCUGCUUUCUUCUGUUGCUUUGACGGGAACAAAUCAUGAAGGUGACCAGCCCCCACACCUCACAUUGAGAGAUGACACUGUUCCUGUGAAGAGAAAUUUGGCUGAGUUUAUGAGUCUUUGCUGCCUUUUGGAAGGAUGGCAGGUGGGCAACGGGCUGCAAAAUCAAAUGCCCAGAACUGCAUCCAUUGCAAGACUGUGACAUAAAGGAUCCCAGUCAGAACAUCAAUUGGGUCUCGUCCCCUGAGGGUGGUUGCGGUUCCUGCUUCAAUGGCGAUGUAAAGUAAUUACAUCAGCGAAAGAGCUGGAAAAGACUUCUGUCGCCUCGAGGUGACUUAUUAAAAGUUAUUUACGUGAAUAGCUAAGUCUGAAAUGAAUGUAGAAUGUUGUGUAUAUGUGAAGAUUUAUGUAGGUGUGUGGUAUAUUGGAAUAUGUCAUUGAUUGUGAGCUUGUUAUUAAUUUUUUUUAUAACCAAAAAAUCUUCUCAGAAACUUAGCUGAUUUUAUGCUUCCAAUAUUAAAAGAAAUUGCGAUUACAGUUCAAAUAUCAUGUGUUCUGAUUAAUUAUUGUUCAAAUAUCAUCUUCUAAUCUAAUUCUUAUUUUAAUGCCGAUUUUAGAGUGAAGUUCAAAAAUUCAGUUUUAUUAUUUUCAAUUUGAAUUUGGUCUUUGGAAAUAAGGAUUGUAAUAUAUUUCAGUAGUAAAUUCAUGAUUGUAAAUAAUGAGAAACUAAAAUAUUAUACUGGUCAUGUUUUUUCAGAAGACCUUUUAACUUAUGGUUUUGGAUUUUGAAUUCCAAAGCCUUUUUUGUUAUUGAUUGCUGGUAAUCUUAUUGUGUUGUAAUUGCUCAUUUAUUAUUAGUAUUUACAGUUUUAAAAUAAAAUGUAAAUUGUACAAUAUUAUUCAUGCAUGAGGUAUUCUUUACUUGUUUGGGCCUAUUUGGUGUAGAAACAUUGGAUAGUUCCUCUAGAAAAGAUUCAAAAAUGUACUAAUGUCAGAUAGUAUUCAUUUCUAAAGCUAGGAGAAUGCGUUGUGGUUGUAGGUUCAUCUAAAUUUUUGAAAGUACAUUGUAUGGUACAUAAUUAUUUUUAGAAUGCAUAUGAUAAAAUUUUGCGCUGCUCUGCUUGUUUUUACAAAGUUCCACGACUUGAUUCUAAGUCUUGUUCUUAUUGCACUCAUUCAAUUGCAAUUUUCUUUUGGUGCUAAUCCAUAACACACUCAUGUGUGAAGUUUCACACACAAAACGUGGAAACACAAGAAAUAAUGAAAAUUAGCAGUAAUAGAAGUUAGUUUAUCCAUAGCUCAUAGCAAUACGUAAUUUACUUUUUUGGUAACUCAAAUGCAAAUUUGGGUAUAUAUUUUGGCCCAUGUAAGGUUUAGCAUAAUGUAAUGACGUUUUGUAGUUAUGUAUUUACCUGUAUAUUUAUUAAAGUGUUUAUACCAAUUUGAAUUAUUGCAAAAUGUUACAUAUGUGACUGAAUUGUGUCAGAGUUUUAUAAGUGAAUAGAUAUAUUUUACAACAAAAAAUGGACUUCUUAACUUUGGUCGUGCAAUGACAGAGAUUGACUUGUACCAUACAAUCCAUGUUGCGUGUAGUCUGUAGGGUGGAAGUUGUAAGACGUCUUUGGGCCAUUUGUUUAACUCAUCUUUUCCGCUACUAGUGUGUUGUUUGCUCUCUUUCUUUAAAAGUGAUUCGUUUCGGAGUGCCACUAAACAACUUCAGGAAUGAACUAGCUGCAUUCUUAAUUUCAUAUAAUUAAUAGAAGGGGAGUCUGAGAUUAAGAGAUGCCAGGUUAAUUUCAAAUUCCAGCUUACUUCUUUUUGUAGUCCAUCAAGGAACAUCUCAUUGAUACUUGUGCGUUUGAAACUGUACAUCUACUACAUCAACCAAACAGUCUAUUACAAUGUACAGUAGUUGGUUGCCGAAUUAUGAACCACAAUUAUGUUCAUUCGGUAAUCGUAAUUGAUUUCACCAAGUGAAUUGGGGAAAAUUUUGAUUGUGAUGGUUUCUACAGCUGGCAGCAGAGGGCAUUAGCUCCCAAACAUUCUACUGUGGUCAUGAAGAGAUGGGGCUGUGGAGUAUGGUGAAUAAUAGUUGGGUGAAAAAAGUCUUGAUAAAAUCAUAGAAUGAUAAGGGGAGCAGUGGUUUAACGUUCGGGCCCACAAGGCCUCAACAUGAGCGGACGUCGGUAACAGAGGCCUAUUUUCAAGCUGAAU